AUGGUGACAACUAUUGUAGUGUGCACCCCCUCUAGCUACACACGGCAGUGCACCCGCGAGCGCACCGCACAACCGAAUGAAAACGCCCGUCGCUCUCGAUCGACAUCCUGUUGUGCGGUCGUAACGCGAUCCACGUCGGUGUGCGCCUACGGUGACAGCGCGGCGAUAGCUUACACGCGGCGUUUCGAGUUCUCUCCGACUCUCGCCGCGGGAAUGAAACGCGACCACGGCCAACAACUUAAUGAGCUGUUUUCGCAACAAGUCGACUUUUGUGGGGCUGCUCCGGACGUCAGUUCAUCUGUGUGUUGUCCCGAUUUCCUACCCGAUGUAUAUUAUAUAAAUAUGUCCAACGGCCACACGAGGGUCUCCAUC